CUGUGAACAUGGAGGCAAGGUACCGCUUUGCUGGAGAGUGUCAUCUAGCAGUCGCAGCUAGAUGUCGCGAGAGUAUACGGCCAGAGCGGCACCAGGCGCCUUCACCUUUUCUGUGCUCCACGCAGGAUUUCAGUCAGUUCAGCUCAGUCUUUGGACUCAGAUGCCCCCUUUUAUCAGCGGAGUUUCCACACUGAAGGCAGGGUAUUAAAGUCGACCGGGUGCUCUUCACGGCGAACACAGCUCCGUUUGUCUCGCAUUGUUGCUCAGGACGUGAUGCAGCCCCCGCGAGCGAAGGAUGACGGACGCUUCGUGCCAUAAAGGGAUGUAACGUGGAUACAAUCCGGGUGAUUCAGUUUCAACAUCCACCCUGGUCAAAGUCACAGGAUUCUGCUGAAAACGGACUAUUUGGAAUUUUGACCGCGUUUUCAUCGCAUCACUUCCUCAAAGAGCUGCGGAGACUGUGACACUUGUGACACGUUUAUCAUCAAUAUUCGCCAACAGUCGGAGCUUCACUUCCUUUUUGUCCGCGCUUUCUCUAUGUAAGGGCCUGACUUUGGAUUUAUCGUCUAUGAUGUGAGUAGUGCAGCCAAGACCUCAGCUGCUGCUCAUGCCCAGGGGUCCUCAUGCUGAAUGGAGCCACUAGACUGGAUGCCCCCUGUGGUGAUCCUGGGAAGCAUUUAAUUAGGCCAUUAAAUUCUUGAAGGCACGGGAGCUCAGCCUGCUGCUUAGACCUACGUGCUCCACAGUGGAAGAAGAGCAGAGGCAGAGGGAAGAAAAUCUGGGCUUUGUUCUUGAAUAGACUGAAGUGGGACCCUCAGCAGCGGGCGGUAAGAGGAAGAGGCCAUGUGGACCGCGCGCCUGCUAGUCUUUGCCAGCCUCUUUGCACCAGCCGCUCUGGCCUUCAUUCGGGCACCCAUCCCCAUGGCGGUGGUGAGGAGGGAACUGUCGUGCGAAAGCUACCCCAUCGAGCUCCGCUGCCCAGGCACCGAUGUCAUCAUGAUUGAAAGCGCCAACUACGGUCGCACUGACGACAAGAUUUGUGAUGCCGACCCAGCGCAGAUGGAGAACACGCGUUGUUACCUGCCGGAUGCCUACAAGAUCAUGUCUCAAAGAUGUAACAAUCGGACCCAGUGUGCUGUGGUGGCUGGGCCAGACGUCUUUCCUGAUCCCUGCCCAGGAACUUACAAGUACUUGGAAGUCCAAUACGAAUGUGUCCCUUACAAAGUGGAACAAAAAGGCUCCUCAGUUUUUCUGUGCCCAGGGCUUCUGCGGAGGGUGUACCAGAGCGAGCACCUCUUUGAGUCAGACCAUCAGUCUGGGGCCUGGUGCAAAGACCCCCUCCAAGCCUCAGACAAGAUCUAUUACAUGCCCUGGACCCCCUACCGCACGGACACCCUGACAGAGUACUCGUCUAAGGAAGACUUCAUUGCUGGACGGCCGACCACGACAUACAAGCUCCCUCACCGUGUGGAUGGAACAGGUUUCGUGGUGUACGACGGAGCGCUUUUCUUUAAUAAGGAGCGCACACGCAACAUCGUCAAAUUUGACCUGCGAACUCGCAUCAAGAGUGGUGAGGCUAUCAUCGCUAAUGCCAACUAUCACGACACGUCCCCGUACCGCUGGGGGGGGAAGUCUGACAUUGACUUGGCCGUUGAUGAGAACGGCCUCUGGGUGAUUUACGCCACGGAGCAGAACAAUGGACGUAUUGUCAUCAGCCAAUUAAAUCCGUACACAUUGCGUGUAGAAGGAACCUGGGACACCGCAUAUGACAAGCGCUCUGCGUCCAACGCCUUCAUGAUCUGUGGAAUCCUCUACGUAGUCAAGUCUGUGUAUGAGGAUGACGACAACGAAGCAACAGGGAACAAGAUCGACUACAUCUACAACACUGAGCUGAGUAAAGAUGGCUACCUUGACAUCUCUUUCCCAAACUCAUACCAGUAUAUUGCUGCUGUGGAUUACAACCCCAGAGACAAUCUGCUGUAUGUGUGGAACAAUUACCAUGUGGUCAAGUACUCUUUGGACUUUGGUGCGCUGGACAACAGACUUGAGUCCUCCUCCGUGAUGGUCUACAUAGACACAACAACCACGACAAGGACCAGCACCCGUGCCACCACCGUCUCCGUGUUAUCUUCCACACCAAGGACCACUACCAGACUGCCAAUCACCACAACUCCUGUUGUCCAGCGUCCCAAGGCAACCUCAACAUUGGCGCCCGCAGUUCAGACUCCGGUGGACCUGGAUCUGGUGGAGAACGAUGAGAAGAAGCCGCCCCCAUCGUCCAAGGUUCCCUACAUCAGGGUGGAGUACUGCAACCCCUUGGUGAUGAUGGAUGUCUCCUGGCCAAAGACCAAGCAGGGUGUACUGGCCAAGAUGCCCUGUCCUCCUGCAACUAUUGGAGUGGCUUCAUUCAUGUGUGUUGGUCCAGACGGCUACUGGGACCCUCAGGGACCUGAUUUUAGCAAUUGCACCUCUCCAUGGGUCAACCUCAUCAGCCAAAAGAUAAAAGUUGGAGAGACAGCUGCGGUCAUCGCUAGGGAGUUGGCUGAGCAAACCAAGAGCAACCUGCAAGCUGGAGAUAUCACCUACACAGUGAAGGCCAUGGUUCAACUGGUGGAUCUUCUGGAUGUGCAGUUACGAAACCUCACACCAGGUGGCAAGGACAGUGCAGCAAGGAGCCUCAACAAGCUGCAGAAACGAGAACGGUCCUGUCGUUUUUAUGUUCAGGCCAUGGUGGAGACGGUCAACAACUUGCUGCAGCCGCAGGCCCAGCUGGCGUGGAGAGAACUGAGCACGAGUGAGCAGCUGAAAGCAGCUACCGCCCUGCUGGACACAGUGGAGCAAGGUGCCUUUGUCCUGGCAGAUAACCUCCUCAAGACAGACAUCGUCCUGGAGAACACUGACAACAUUCAAUUGGAGGUAGCAAGAAUGAGCACGGAUGGUAAUUUACCGGACCUGAAAUUUCCUCAAACCAAUGGGCAUGGCAACUCCAUCCACCUCUCUGCAAACACGUUGAAGCAGCAUGGUAGAAAUGGUGAGAUCCGCAUCGCCUUUGUCUUGUACAAGAACAUUGGCAUCUACCUUUCCACUGAGAAUUCCAGCAUGAAGUUGGGCAGUGAAGCCAUGGCCACCAACUAUUCGGUUAUAGUCAACUCACCAGUUAUCACUGCAGCCAUUAAUAAGGAUGCCAACAAAGUCUACCUAUCUGACCCCGUCAUCUUCACAGUCAGACAUCUACAGCAGUCGGAGGACAACUUCAACCCCAACUGCUCGUUCUGGAGUUACUCCAAGAAGACCAUGACUGGAUACUGGUCGACCCAAGACUGUCGCCUACUGGGCUCAAAUAGGACACACACUACCUGCUCCUGCACUCACCUCACCAACUUUGCAGUGCUCAUGGCUCAUGUGGAUGUGAAGAACCCAAAACUGGUACAUGAUAUGCUACUGGACGUCAUCACGUGGGUCGGGAUCCUGCUGUCGCUGGUCUGCCUGCUCAUCAGCCUCUUCACGUUUUGCUUCUUCCGCGGCCUACAGAGCGACCGCAACACCAUCCACAAGAAUCUUUGCAUCAGUCUGUUCAUUGCAGAGUCACUUUUCCUGGUGGGGAUCAAUCGGGGUGACCAGCCGAUUGCUUGUGCCAUCUUUGCCGCCCUGCUCCACUUCUUCUUCCUGGCAGCGUUCACAUGGAUGUUCCUGGAAGGUGUACAGCUCUACAUCAUGCUUGUGGAAGUGUUUGAGAGCGAGCAUUCACGGAAACGCUAUUUCUACCUGGUGGGCUAUGGCGUUCCAACUCUGAUCGUUGCCGUCUCCGCUGCUGUGGACUACCGUAGUUAUGGAACCGACAAAAUUUGCUGGCUUCGUCUGGACACCUACUUCAUCUGGAGUUUCAUAGGACCCGCAACCUUGAUCAUUAUGCUUAACGUGAUCUUCCUUGGCAUUGCUCUCUACAAGAUGUUCCAUCACUCUGCUAUCUUGAAGCCAGACUCCGGUUGCCUCGACAACAUCAACUACCGGUUUUAUGAUGGAUGUGUUAUUGUAGAGUGGCGCUGCUAUCAGGAUUAUAACCCGGAGAUCAAAUCGUGGGUAAUCGGCGCUGUGGCCCUGUUGUGUCUACUGGGACUGACCUGGGCUUUUGGCCUGAUGUACGUCAACGAGAGCACAGUGGUCAUGGCCUACCUGUUCACCAUCUUCAACUCCCUGCAGGGAAUGUUCAUCUUUAUCUUCCACUGCGUGCUACAGAAGAAGGUCCGUAAGGAGUAUGGGAAGUGCCUCCGCACCCACUGCUGCAGUGGUAAAAGUGUGGAGAACUCCAUAGGUUCUAUCAAGGGAACAACCAACCGGGUCCCUGGACGCUACUCAGCUGGAUCUCAGAGCCGCAUCCGUCGCAUGUGGAAUGACACAGUGAGGAAACAAUCGGAGUCUUCUUUCAUGACCGGGGACAUCAACAGCUCAGCAUCACUCAACAGAGGUGCUAUGGCUAACCAUCUUAUACCUAAUGCACUCCUCCGUCCUCAUGGCACUAACAAUCCCUAUAACACAUUGCUUGGGGAGUCUUCAGUCUAUAACAACCCUCUGGGCAUGUACAACACGCAAGAGCCCUACAGAGAGACAAAGGGAAUCUUGAACAAUGCCCGGGAUACAAGUGUCAUGGAUACUCUACCACUGAAUGGUAGCCAUGGCAACAGCUACAGCAUAGCCAGCACAGACUACAUGAGUGACUGUGUCCAGAUCAUUGACCGGAGCUACAACCACAAGGAGACCACCCUGGAAAAGAAGAUCCUCAAAGAGCUUACCUCCAAUUACAUUCCCACUUACCUAAACAACUCCCACGAGCGUGCGGCCGAGCAGAAUCGCAACCUCAUGAACAAGCUGGUCAACAAUGUGAGCAACAGUGGCAAAGACAGCGGCUAUGGGAUGCGCUUGAGAGCAGGGAUGGGUAUGAAUGUAGCGCUGAGCUUGGAUGACCACGCUACAUUUGGGCCGCACCUUGACGAAGGCUUGGGCCUGGAGUUAAUCCGAGAGGAGUCCAACAUUCCCCUGUUGCCACAGCGAGCGCUCCCCGCACUGCCGGCAGUGGACAACCUUCACAAUCACCUCCAUCAGUCAGUGCCUCCACCUCUGUCCCUGUCCCAUCACCCCUUCUCCUCCGCCACCUCUUCCUCAUCUCGACGGAGGAUCCCCCAAGAAAACAGUGAAAGUUUCUUCCCACUGCUUACAAAUGAGCACAUUGUGGACAUGUCACCGACUCACAACCACCAGAGAGACUCCCUUUACACCAGCAUGCCCAUGCUGCCCAGCCUCCAAGAUGUGUCAGCACAUUUGGCUGAUGGAGCCAAGGUCACCAGAGAUGCAAAAAGCUCUGAAGCCAGCGCAGAUGACGUUUACUACAAGAGCAUGCCCAAUUUGGGCUCCAGCAACCACCUCCAUCAGCUCCAGUCCUACUACCAGCUCGGAAGAGGCAGCAGUGAUGGGUUCAUCAUGCCGCCCAACAAGGAGGAUCUGUCCCCCGAUGAGCCGCACCAGGAGCCCUCACAGCUGGUCACCAGCCUAUAAGUUCAACGUGGUGGCACAUGUAUUCUCACACCCUUCGUGUGUACCCUCGUCUCAUCAGUCAAUGGCAGUGGUAGCCUCUCCUUUUCUUCUGUGUUUUGGGAACUAAGACAGCGCCAAUAUUGUAGUUGCUGUAAACGAGAAGGAACCAGAUAUCCGUCACCACAUAAGAGGCCUAAUAUUUCACAACGGUGAAAAAGACCAGACCUGUUGAUGUUGUGAUCUCCUUCGGAUUGUGUGGUUUGGGGUGUUGUUGAACACUGGAUUUUAUUUGAUUUUUGAUCGUCCUGGAGAUGACCCAGUCAUGAACAAUGGACAACGGAGAAUAAUGACUUUUGUUUGUUUUUAUUAUUCAUACGUCACACACUGACUUUUUAAAAGAGUUUCUUCUUCAUGGUUCCAUGCUUUUUCUUUGCUUCAGUGUUCAAGCAGAGACAACAAUCACAGUUUUAAAGUUGUAUGCUUUCCAGCAUUCUGUUCUUUUUUUCCUUUGAUUUCAUCGUAAUGGCAGAUGAAUCAACAGCAAGUUUGUCAGACUAAUAAGAGAAUUAUGAGAUAUUUCUAUGUAAGUGUACAGAUAACUAGCAUUGCACACAAUAGUAUGCUUUUCUGUUCCAGACGGACCCUGUGUCUCUGUAACUGUAGUGGUUAGGAGCAAUUUUGUUCCAUUGUGUUGGCCUUCCUCUGGUGCAAGUCCUUUUCUCUCACUUUCCUAGAACUGGCCAAACAGAAACAUAAUGCCACAAUGGCGUACAAGCAUUUUUGUGCAAUGUAUCUGUCUUUUUCUUGAUUCAGAUAUUUCUUAAUUCAGCUUUUCAUUCCUUUUUUCUACUUUUUUUUUAACUGUGUAGAUAGCAGAGCUCUGAUACAAUGAUUGUCCAUGAGGCUGAUCCAAGUUGCUGGCUUUAAAAAAAAGAAAACACUUGCUUCUCAUAGGAGACCAGUUAAACACACUGAGCACCAGGCACUUGUUUAAAAAGACAGAAUUAAGGCUGAUUUUCUUAUUAAAGAAAGCGCUUUUGAGCAAGAAAUCUGUAAGUUGCUGUCUUUUUCUUUUAUUUAUUUGUCGUGUUACCUAACACAGUGCACAUUUUAUUUACUGGCACCGUCAUGCUUCAAGGGUUGUGACUUUUAUUUAUUCCUUUAUUGUAGUUUGCAGUAUUGCAGUCUCCGAGUUGGAUGAGCUCUCAACAAAAAUGUUUGCCCACAAAUGCUUAUGAUUAAAAUCAGUCACUUCA